CAGCUCUGUAACGCUGUUUCUCUUUGCACUUUCCAGUGGGACCCCAUGAUCACCACGCUGCCCGGCUUGUACCUGGUCUCGGUGGGAGCAGUGAAGCCUGCGGCGUGGCUCUUCGGGUGGACGGGAAGCAUGGUGUGCUCUGCGGCAAUGCUCAGGUUUAUUAACCUUCUUUUCAGUGCUGGGAACUUCUAUUUACUGUAUUUACUUCUGUCCAAGAUCCAUCAGAAGAAUAAGGCUGUGUCUGGUUUCCAGAGAAUCUUGUCUACAUUAACUCUUGCAAUGUUUCCCACCCUUUAUUUUUUUACAUUCCUUUAUUAUACAGACCCAGGAUCAGUAUUUUUCACUCUAUUUGCCUACUUAAUGUGCCUUUAUGGUAACCAUAAAACUUCAGCUCUUCUUGGAUUUUGUGGCUUCAUGUUUCGUCAGACCAAUAUUGUGUGGACGGUUUUUUGUGCUGGAAAUGUUGUUGCAGAGAAGCUAAAUGAAGCCUGGAAGACAGAGUUACAGAAAAAGAAAGAUGAAAAGAUUUCUUCCAGGAAAGGAUCAUUUUCAGAUUUGAUCAGAAUAUUGCAGUUUCUUAUUGAAUAUGUCAUGUCACCUAAAAACUUAGUUUCACUUACUGCUUUAACUUGGCCGUACAUCAUAUUAGUAACUGUGUUCUUUGUUUUCAUCUUCAUCAAUGGGGGAAUAGUUGUUGGUGACAGAAGUAGCCAUGAAGCCUGUUUGCACUUUCCUCAGCUGUUCUAUUUUCUGUCCUUUACUGUCUUUUUUUCAUUCCCUCAUUUAUUGACCCCUACUAAAAUCAAAAAAAAAUCAUUACAAAAGCACCCUGUGCAGUACAGCUUAAUUGCUGUCAUCUCUUUAUUCCUGAUCUGGAAAUUUACAUAUGUUCAUAAGUAUUUACUAGGAGACAACAGACAUUACACAUUCUAUGUCUGGAGAAAAGUCUUCCAAAGACACGAGCUUGUAAAAUAUGCAUUAGUUCCAGUCUACAUAUUUGCUGGCUGGAGUUUUGCUGAUACACUAAAAUCAAAAUCGAUCUUCUGGAUCUUAAUGUAUUUUAUAUGUUUAUUAGCAGUCACAGUUCCUCAAAAAUUGCUAGAAUUUCGUUACUUUAUUUUGCCAUUCUUAAUAUAUAGGCUCAAUAUUCCAUUUCUGUCUUUAUAUAGACAACUUUUGGAGCUGGCUUUUUAUAUUGUUGUGAAUGCUGUAACUUUUUAUCUUUUUCUAAACAGAACAUUCCAAUGGCCAAAUAGUGAUGAAAUCCAGAGGUUUAUGUGGUGACUUUUUUUUUGUUGGUUUUUUUUGGUACUUUCAUACCCUUAGGAAAACCCAGUUCUGUUUCAGGACUGUGGACUCUGGCUGAAGCAAUGUUUUGCAUUAUGUAAGGACUUUUUUCCCCAGUUGGAAUUGGGGAAGUAAGCUGUUGCUUAUUUCUUGGAACUGAACAUGUGAUCUGAUUUGUUGUAAUGUGAAGAUACUCCAUAUAUUGAAUUUAUGAGCUCCUGGAAUUAACAAAUUCAAUAUGAGGGGAAAUUUGAGAACACCUUUCUGUAAUUAAUGUGAAAUAAGAGAGAUGUUUACAGUCAUUUUUCAUUAUAAUAAAAUAUUAUAUAAUAUGCCCUUGAAGGUAUGACA